AUGAAAUUUUUAACUUUAACUACUUCUUUGUCAUUAAUUGUAUCAAUCAAUGCUUUACCAACUUCUUUUGGAUUCUGGAAGAAUUGGUUCAACUUGGGUGAGGAAUUAACCCAAGAGAUUAUCAUGGAUGAUAUUUCUGAACAAUUGAUUAACAAUGAUGACAAAAAUUUAAUUAUUGAUGGUGUUAUUGAUGAAACUGUUUAUAAUGCAUUACCAGAAAUUGAUACUGAAACUUUACAAAGUUUAAUUAAUGAAACAGGGUUGCGUUCUCGUGCUAAAGAUUUAUUUGAAAUUGCUCAACGUUCAAUUGGUCAAUAUGAUCAUCCAACUAGAGUUAUUGGUUCACCAGGUCAUUGGGGUACUAUUGGUUAUAUCUUAUCGGAAAUUAAAAAAUUAAAAGGUUAUUAUACUGUCAAAACUCAAAGUUUCAAAGCUCUUGAUGGGAAAGUUAAAUCAUUUUCUUUGUUAAUUGAUGGAGUAGAACCAAAAUCAUUAGCACCAUUCAGUUUGACCCCACCUACCGCUGAUGGGAAACCAGCUCAUGGUAAUUUGGUUUUGAUUAAUGAAUUUGGAUGUAAACUUGACAAUUUCCCAGAAUUUGCCAAGGGCAACAUUGUUUUAAUCAAACGUGGUGAAUGUGCCUUUGGUGAUAAAUCAAGAAAUGCCGGUAUUGCUGGUGCUUUGGGUGCAAUUAUUUAUGAUGAUGAACCAUUACGUGGUACAUUAGGUAAUCCAACUGGUAAAGAAGUUGCCACAGUUUCAGUUGCCAAGAAAGAUGUGCAAGAAUAUAUUGACAAAUUGUCUAAAGACCCAAAACAUGCAUUUGAAACUACUUUGUAUGUUGAUUCCUAUGUUAAAUAUAUUAAAACAUUGAAUGUCAUUGCUGAUUCAGUUUUUGGUGACCAUGACAAUAUUGUUUCCUUGGGUGCUCAUUCAGAUUCUGUUGCUGAAGGUCCUGGUAUUAAUGAUGAUGGAUCUGGUACCAUCUCCUUAUUAGAAGUUGCCAAACAUUUGACUAAAUUCAAGUUGAAUAAUGCCGUUAGAUUUGCUUGGUGGGCAGCUGAAGAAGAAGGUUUAUUGGGAUCAACUUAUUAUGCCGAACAUUUAUCAGCGGAAGAAAACUCUAAACUCAGACUUUUCAUGGAUUAUGAUAUGAUGGCUUCUCCAAAUUAUGAAUAUCAAGUGUAUGAUGCUAAUAACAAAGAUCAUCCUAAUGGUUCAGGAAACUUGAAAGAUUUAUAUAUUGAUUGGUACACUUCUCAUGGAUUAAACUACACCUUAACCCCAUUCGAUGGUAGAUCUGAUUAUGUUGGGUUUAUUGAAAAUGGAAUUCCAGGUGGUGGUAUUGCUACUGGGGCUGAAGGCAUCAAAGAUGCUAAAGGCCAAGAAAAAUUUGGUGGUAAAGUCGGUGAAUGGUUUGAUCCUUGUUAUCAUCAAUUGUGUGAUAAUUUGGAUAAUCCUGAUUAUGAAGCUUGGGUAAUUAAUACUAAAUUGAUUGCUCAUUCAGUAGCAGUUUAUGCCAAAUCAUUCGAAGGAUUCCCAAAAAGAGAACCAAAGAAAGAAGUUGCCAGUGCAUCAAACUCAGCAAAACCAAAUGAGUUCAUCUACAGAGGCUCUAAAUUAAUCAUGUAA